AAUGGAACCGUCCGUGAGUAGCUGAGUUGGUUUACGAGCCUAGUGCAAAGUGAUAUCAUAGCAGUAGCACAAAUUGAUAAGGCAAAAACUUAAUAUCAGCUCUCUCAAUCACUCCAUUUGAAACAUGGCAAUGUCUUCACUGCGAUUCCCGCUCUAUCCAUUACUUCUCCUCAAAAACCCAACAAAAUUUUCCUUCAAUUUUCCGAUAAUACCAAUACUACCCUCCAACCUCAGCAUAUCGUCUUCUUAUAAUCUAUGUUCCCUUCCAUCUUUUCUAACGCAUAAAUGGGUACCCUUUCGUAAGAAAAAAGUUGUGUUACGGGUUGGCUAUGUUGGCUCCGAUUACAGAGGUCUUCAGAAGCAACAAGAUGAUCAUUCUUUAUCAACUGUUGAAGCUGAAUUGGAACGAGCUAUUUUUGAGGCUGGUGGAAUUCUUGAUAGUAAUUAUGGGAAAUUGCAAAAAAUUGCAUGGGGAAGAAGUAGUCGCACUGAUAAAGGAGUUCACUCAUUAGCGACCGUGAUAUCUUUGAAGAUGGAGAUACCUGAAACUGCAUGGAAGGAUGAUCCUAAUGGCAUUGCUCUUGCGGAACGUGUUAAUCAUUAUCUUCCUGAAACUAUCAGAAUUUUCAGCAUUUUGCCCUCACAGAAGAACUUUGAUCCUAGAAGAGAAUGUGACCUACGGAAAUAUUCCUACCUUCUUCCUGCUGAAAUUAUUGGGAUCAAAAGUCACUUUACUGCUGCUGAAAUUGAUAACCACAUAUCAGACUUCAAUGAUAUAUUAAAUACCUUUGAGGGAGAUCAUCCCUUCCAUAAUUAUACAAUACGGGCCAAAUACAGGAAACAACUUUCAGCUUCUAAAACUGGGAGUUUGUUAAUGAAAGCAGGAUCAUCUGGUGAGAGAUCAGCCUCUGAAUCUGAAAUUUGUGAUAUAGAAGGAAAUUGUGGAAGUGAUGAUACGGUUAAUGAGAAUCACAAGGAAUCAAUUCAAGACUCCAGCCUUGGUUUUCAGAAUGGGGAUGUAUUGAAAGACCAACAAUCCGAUGCAGCAAAGUGUGCCAGAUGGCUGUAUGAACCUGAUGAAAAAGAUAGAAUAGGUGCUUCCCACUUUAGAAAGAUAUUUCGCUCUUCUUGUGGAAAGGUGGAGACAUCAAAUGGAUUCAAAUUUGUUGAAAUUUCUAUAUGGGGAGAGUCCUUCAUGUUACACCAGAUUCGCAAAAUGGUUGGCACUGCUGUAGCAGUAAAGCGGAAGUUACUUCCCAGAGAUAUUAUAGCACUCUCAUUGAUAAAGUUUUCUAGGGUUGUCCUACCACUUGCUCCAUCUGAAGUUCUGGUUUUAAGGGGCAAUAGCUUUCUUAUGAGAAGAAGACCUCAUCUUGGAUCACGGCCUGAGAUGCUGACAAUCGUUGAAUCAGAAGAAAUUGUGAAGGUGGCCGACGAGUUCUAUACUAAUGUAAUGCUGCCUCAAAUGUCAAAAUUCUUGGACCCUUGCAGCUAUCCUUGGAAGGAAUGGGUCGAAAAGUUGGACGAGCAUACACAUAUUCCAGAUGCAGAAUUGGACCAAAUCAGGAAUGCUUGGCAAGUUUGGAAGGAAAACUUUAAGGCUAAAACAAGUGCAGCAUCACUUGUUAAUGAGUGAGAGCAACAAAGACGUCUACAAUCUACAUAUUGCUGCAACGAAUCACACUUGUUUUUAAUUGACUUCUACUUGCCGUGCAGCAAUACCGGAAUAAGAGAUUUUCUAAUAGUAUCAGGGCAUAUCUAACGUUGGCAAUUGUUGCUGGCAUGCCAUGCUUUGAUUACAAACUGAAACUGGAUUUUCUGUUCUGGUUCCAAAUUGUUUCUGUACUACAUAGUGAUGACACCAUAUUUAACUUUUUUUUAGAAUA